AUGAGUGGAGUGCCGAUGCUUGUGUGUGCUGCAAUGCUCUCACCUGCAGCAGAGGACACAGAGAGAUCCUCCAGCUGCAUGCCCAUCCCGCACCGCAUGGCCCUGUGCUAUGAUAUCGGCUACUCCGAGAUGAGGAUUCCCAACCUGCUGGAGCAUGAGACCAUGACAGAAGUCAUCCAGCAGUCUUCCAGCUGGCUGCCCUUGCUGGCCAGGGAAUGCCACCCAGACGCUAGGAUUUUCCUCUGCUCCCUCUUUGCACCGAUCUGCUUGGACAGGCUCAUCUAUCCUUGCCGCAGCCUCUGUGAAGCUGUCAAGAGAAGCUGUGCACCCGUCAUGGCUUGUUACGGCUACCCCUGGCCCGAAAUCCUGAACUGCAACAAGUUCCCUGCAGAUCAUGAGCUGUGCAUUGCAGCAGUCUCCAUGGAUGAAAAUUCCUCAAGCAGAAGAACAGUGCCCCAGGCCAGCUGCAAGGACUGUGAGCUUGAGGAGGCCAGCACUGCCAGGGAGAUCCUAGAAAACCUCUGUGCAAAUGAUUUUGCAGUGAAAAUCCGAAUCCUGAGGAAGAAUACUACCACCACCAUCUCAGACUUUGACCUGGACCCCUCCAAGGUGGAGGUGCUGAAGCACGGCCCACUCCUCAGAACUGAAAUCCCUGCCAGGCUCCAGCAGUGGCUGGACAUAGAUGCCACUUGUGCCCACAACAUCAUGAAAGGCACUCAGGCAGGGGUCUUCGUCAUAAGUGGGGAAGUACAGAGUGACAAAGUGGUGGUGAACAAGGCCUAUGCCUGGCAGAAGAGGAACAGGAACCUGCACCAGGCAGUGCGGAGGUGGAAACAUCACCGCUGCCCUGAACAGGCGGGAUGGAAGGUCUGAAAAAUCUCAAUUCCAGCAAUAAGAAACUGCUCCCUUCCCUAUGGCUAGAAAACUCCUUUCCCUGGCAGCUGGUGUUUUGGAGAUGUACAGUCAUACUUCUAGGUGAUUUGAAGCAGUCAUACUGCACAGGUAGGGCUUCACAACAGAUCCCUGUUUUACCAAGACAGAGCUUAAGCAUGAAGGUUUAACAUGUUCCUCUCACAAGGCUCUGUAGAUCCAGGACGUGCUAUGUUCAGCUUUGCAUAGGAUCCAACAUCACAUCACAACCAAACUUAACUAUGCAGGUGAGGACAAACUAGAAGAAACCUUUAAUAACAGUUCCUUCUAGUUGUAAUUAUCAGAGCUGGUAUUUCAGAUUCAUUAUUUGACCCUGAAACAUUGAUGCUGUACAAAUGCCUGCUUGCUUUCUGUCUAGAGAUUACAUGAAAGCCUCUCUGACUGCUAAGUGAUACUUUUUAUGUAAUGGAGAAAAUACUUUAUUCUUGAACACUCUGAGAAAAAUUAAUGGGGAGAGGAUCCCACCCCAGCUGUGCCCAGCCCCUUAAAAACUGCACACUGAACUCCACUCGAGUCAGGCUGUCCCUUCAGCUUCCUGCACUGAAAGUUGACGAGCAUCCACACACACAAAAGGAAGCAGCCAUUCUCAAGCAGGAAAGGCACAAAGCAGAGGGUUUCUACAUGACAGGGAAAACUACUUUUCAACAUCAGAAAUUCAGUGUGGAUCAGAAGAUUCUGGUAACUGGGGAUAUCACAAGAACCUUGAGAAAAGCAGAGCAUGAAUGAGACAUCAGCUGUUCAAAGUUCUGCUUUGGUGAACAGUAGCUUUGCUCGGGACUGGGAGGUGAGUCCUAGCCCCAGCACAGUAGGAUAUUGCAGUUUUCAUAUGGGAGCAGGGGAGAAACCUUCCACAGCUGCCUGGCCUUCCACCUGUAGGUGAGGAAGACAGAAAAUAUGGGGAAUCUGAGUCUUACCAAGUUCUCUGCAGCUCACUCUCUCACUCAAGCAGGACUGUCGCUUCCUUGCAGGGGUACACACUGUGCUCCAGACCACAGAGCAGAAAACAGCAAAUCCCCAACUGAGGAAACAAGUUGGAUUUCUACUGCCUAACAAAAGCACUGUCCAUGGAAAGUUUUCUAUAUUGGUUUAAACCUGUGGCUGAAAUAAAAAAACCCAAAAACAAAUACAAAAAAAACAACCAAACAGAAAAAGCGGAAAAAAACAGCCUUUGGGAGGAAUGCUUUCUGGCUUGUUGGUUAUGCCCGCAGCACUGGCCAUGUAGAGACAGCCGGUCUGCUGGAGACACAUUGCCUCCCUGUGUUCACAAGGAACACCAACAACCCACGCUGCAGGCUCCUCCUCACACUGGUGUGGGCUGAAACAAGCGCUCAGACACGCACACUGCAAUUCAACUGCGCCUGGACAUUUGUGCAGUGAUUACUUCUCUUCCCUGAGGCUCAGAAGAAAAACACAGCCAAAUUUCCUAUCUUUAUUCCUGCCCACUGUCUUGUCUUAGAAACUGCUGCCCAAUCCACAGAAUCUGCUGUCAGGUCGUCCCUACAAUGGUAGUAUCUUCUCAACAGACUGCGUUUGGAAAACAGAACACAUAAAAGCUCUUAAGGUUGAAAAGGCUUUGUCUGAUUUGUUUUCCAUUAGUAGGGCUAUUUGAUUAGUAGUGUUUCCCAACUGAAAACUGCACAGAUGGUCUGACUUACAAGCUUUAGAAAUGAUGCCUUGUAGCCAGAGGGGGGAAAAAAAUAGGGCAUGGAUUUUUUCAUAGCUCCAUAAAAUACGCUUGGGGUUCCAUGCAGAUGUGACUUACCCACAAUUAAAAACCAAACCUAAAGUUUCCCUACAGUUCCCAGACCGUGUUCUGAAGCCCAGAGAACACAUUAAAUCAUUCAUGAUUGUCUGCUGCUGUGGUCCCACUCCAGCCUGCUCUGCUGAAAGCAGAUGACAGACCAGGCACUGUUUCUUUAAACUGGCUCUUGUAUGCUGCAGCACUUCAUGUUAAACCCCCAGAAACUCAAGAAUCUUUGCUAAGGGCUUCUGCAGUCACCAAACACAACCAAGUUAAACACUUCCACCAAUUUAAGCAACACAGAUACAAUGAAUUAAAUUUUUUUAAACCAGUUGAAUUAGA